CACAUGUGCAAGACCUGACUGCGUGAACUUCGUUUGAGUUUGAAAGCCAUGGAUGACAACAGUGCUGCGGAUGCAUUACUGACACCAAAGCAAGAUGGCAAAUCGCGCAGCGAGGAAGAGGAUGAGGAACACGACACAAAGGGCCAAGUGCCACCAACUACGAAGAAACCCACCGAUCGAGGCCGAGGUUCGAAGCGCCCACCAACUCAUGAAAGCGAUCCUACAGUUAGCCCUACGACUGGGCGGGGUCGAAAGCGUCAGACGCUCAGCUCUGACGCGGUGCCAGAGACGGAGGAGGCAAAGGAUCGCGAGAUCCGGCGCUUGCAGCAAGAGUUGGCAGAUCAAAAAUCGCAGAUGCAAAACCUGCAUGUUCUUGCAAACAAAGGGCGCACUUUGCUGGCUCAGAGCUUGGUCGACAUUGCCAAGAUCGAACGAGAAAAGGAGCGUACCCGCCUGUUCCAUGAAGGAGUUCGAGUUGGCAAGUACAAGCCUUCCCUGGCCUUUGGGCAAGCUGAUGGCUGGGAGGGUGGUACUGAAAAAGAGGCCAUCGAACAGCUGAAAGCCAAGCUGAACCAGGAGAAAGUAUCGGUGGAAUUCGAACGCCGAUCUCUUCAGAGGCAAAUCAAGAAGGCCAUCGAGCCGGACGACGGGGAAAAGGACGCCCAAUCAAACCCUACGGAGGAUCCAGAUGACCCAACAGAGCUUCGAGAAGUGUGCAACCAUCGCGCCGAAUACAUCAGGCGCGAAGAAGCAGCCCUCAAAGAGCGAGAAAACCGGUUGAUGGCCGACAGGACGCUCUAUCAAAAGCAAGUGCUGCUGGCCAGCACUGAAGACCGUUCCCGCUUUAGAUUUUAUCCCAGACUAAAGGACAGAUUUCAACUGCUCAAUGCGAUUGGCAAAGGAGGCUUUAGCGAAAUCUACAAGGCGUUUGAUUUAGAGCAGAUGUGCAUGUGCGCCAUCAAGAUUCAGGAAAUUGAAGCAAAGAUGUCAGAUGCACAGCGGCAGGAUUUGGUGAGAUGGGCCCUUAGGGAAUGCGAAAUACAGAAAAGUUUGCGGCAUCCUCGCAUUGUACAGCUACGCGAGUGCUUCGCUUUGGACAUUAAUGCCUUCGUCAUCGUCCUGGAGCUAUGUCAGGGAGAGACACUGGAUAUGAGACUCAAGAUGCAUGGGCCCAUGCCUGAGAAGGAGGCCAAGGCCAUUACGGUCCAGAUCCUGAGUGGCCUGCGGCACUUGAACGUCUCUGGUCGGAAGAUCAUCCACUAUGACAUCAAACCAUCAAAUGUGUUUUAUGAUGCUGGACAGGUGAAAAUUGGAGAUUUCGGCCUCUCAAAGAUGGCAGACAGUCCAGAGGGCAUGAUCGAUUUAUCGACGCGCGGAGCCGGAACAUCCUGGUACUUGCCACCGGAAUGUCAUGAAUCCGCAUCGCCCACAAUAAACAGCAAAGUCGAUGUCUGGAGCACAGGGGUGGUCUUUUUUGAAAUGCUUUACAACCGUCGUCCCUUCGGCGAGGGCCAGACACAGGACGCAUUCCGGCGUCAGACGGCGGUGGAAGGCACCUUCGAUUUGGUCUUUCCAACAUCGCCCAAGGUUUCCUCAGAAGCCAUCAAGUUCCUGCGCAAGCUUCUGACUCGAGACCGAGAGCAGAGGCCAGAUGUACUGGAAGCCCUUCGGGAUCCCUACAUUCGCAAAUCUUGGAAUGAUCAGUCUGCACGUAGUCGCAAGUCGGACCUGACGAGCCCCAAAGUCUCCGCAACGUGACCUUGAACGACUAGGUCAGAGGCCCUGGGUCAUUGGCGAAGUCCUCCCCCAAAAAAGGUAAAUGAAUGUUUGGAGACUUUGGCCGUUGCGUGCGUCUCUUCCCAGGGUCCCUGCACUUCAAAAGGGAACCACUUGCUGUGCGAGUCGUUUUCCAGUUUAUAUGGCAGAACACUUUGAAGGGACAUCUUGGGUCUCCCGGCCAGGCUAGGAAGCGUCCUGC